GAGAAUGACCACUAUCUGUGUCGGUGUCCAAGUAUACAGACGAAGAGACUCAAGCACUUGGGUUUACGCUUCUUCAACGGUCUGGGCAAGGUAGCGGAGGUGGAACUGUUGGAUCUCCUCGGCUUCAUCGGAGAUAAUAAUUCGUACGGUACUUGAUACUCACUUAAAGAGGGCACUCACAAGGAGGGUGUCUUCAAGUCUUCAAGUGAAAGUAUGGAAUAUUCCACAUACCAGCAUUUGAAGGAGCAAUUGUUGGCACAUUUGCGGACGAUACUGCGGUUCUCGCUAUAGAUACCCUUCCACAACUCGCUUCGCUUACGCUCCAAAACGGCCUAAACAAUAUAACCCCCAUGGCUGAAAAUUUGGCGAAAUAAGCCAAAUGUGACAAAACCUGUUCAGGUUACGUUCUUCCUUAAACGUAGAAUCACAGCCUGUAAUAAGACAAAAUAAUUAGGCAUGCCUCGUUGCAAGCUUACGUUGAAAACUUAUAUUUUCAAGUCAGAAAUUUACAAUGGUUACUGAACCCAAAAUCUCGGGACUCACUAGAGUAUAAGCUCUUACUCUAUUCAUCAGGUUUUAAACUGGUAUGGUAUUCUCAAAAACGAAACGAGAACCAUUUAAAAGUGCAUUCAAAUCUCACAACGCAUUUGGUCUUAGAAUAUAAUCUCGUGGCUGCAUUGCAUGCCACAUUUGCAGCCAAACAUCAAGGGCAUUGACCUGCUGCACACAAUUUCUUUGAAUGUAAACAAACUAGGUAAUAACAUUGCUAUGUUAAGCAGCUUUUAAGAGCAUUGCAAUAACGAGUUGGUUAUACAUAAGCCGGCUACUAAAGAACAAUCAAGCGUUGAAAGAGAGUGUAAAGUGCAAUGACGAUGUGAGUGCAAUGACGAUGUGAGUGAACUGAGAGAAGCAGGGGAGCUCACUUUUUUUAUUUUGUUAUUUAGGCGCGCUCUUUCUUAAAAUAAUACCACACUACUUGUAAGCGAUCUGGUGUGAGUUUCAGCGCACUUCUCGAACAAUACAGAGCGGCGUGUGAGAAGUGUGAAUGAGUAGAUAAUUGAAAUAGUGUAAUGAAUAAUCGCACUGAGUCUGCAGCAAAACAAAAACCGAUAAAGUCAUAUCAAAACAUUCUGAUCAGUAAUAAAAUAAAUUAUGCAUCUACGUGAACGACAACAAAGUGGCCGAUAGAAGUUGAAAUACAAAUAAAGUGAACAAUCAAAAUACAUAAUACAAUAAGUAAAUAAGUAAAUAAAAAUAUUCGAUAAGACGCCAAACAUGUUCGACUGCGGCAGAGUAUUCCAAUAAUGUUUGCAUAUGAAAACAUUGAAGGAGAUCCAUUGCAUGUGUAGUGCCAAAGGGCCAACAGUUGCUCGCGAUACAUAGUGGAGUGUAGUUGCAUCGGCCAGCUAAUUUUCUUAGAUAAACGGAAAAAAGUAUAAUUAGAUAACAAAAGCGAGCAGAAGUUAAAAAAAAAAUUUAUAAACGAAUUAAAAAUAAUCAGCAACAAAACGGGUUUAAUUAAAAAGUUUCCAAUAAUAAACAAAUAAAAGUUGAGUGUGACGUAGUUUUUUAUCAUACAACAUUUUUAUUUAUUUUUUUUGUUUUAGCUCAACCAUGUCAAGCAACACACCUGAUGCAGAAGUGUUGGUGCACACAGCACUGGGCACGCUCAAAGGUCAACGCAACACAUCCAUUUACGAUGACAAUUACUACAGUUUCGAAUGUAUUCCCUUUGGUCAGCCGCCGUUGGGUGCACUGCGAUUCAAAGCCCCUUUGGCCGCCACACCGUGGCCAGGUGUGUUGGAUUGUACACAAAAAGCCAAAAAGCCAAUACAAAAGAAUCCGCGCACAAAUGAAAUUGAAGGCGAUGAGGAUUGUUUAUAUUUGAAUAUCUAUGCUAAAAAGCUUGCAUCUGACAAACCUCUACCAGUUAUGGUCUUCCUCUAUGGCGGUGGCUUCGAAAGGGGUGAUCCUACACGCGAUCUACAUGGUCCAGAUUAUUUUAUGAUGAAAGACGUAAUAUUGGUCACAAUAGCGUAUCGACUGGGACCAUUAGGUUUUCUCAGCCUACCUGAUCCCGCAGUUGGUGUACCUGGCAACGCCGGCCUCAAGGAUCAGCUACUCGGGCUCCAGUGGGUUGCUGAUAAUAUAAGCGCUUUCAAUGGUAAUCCAAAAAAUAUAACACUUUUCGGUGAGAGCGCUGGUGCUGCAUCCACACAUUAUAUGAUGCUCACACCGUUAGCCAAAGGACUCUUCCACAAAGCGAUACUAAUGUCAGGCACAGUUCUAUGUCCAUGGGCGCUCUCACCAGUCAAAGAAUUACCAAAGCGCCUGGCGCAAGCAAAUGGCUAUACUGGCGAUGGAAGCGUUCGAAGUGUGCUAGAUUAUCUGCAACAUUUGCCCGCUGAGGAGUUAGUACGUCCGUAUUUGUUGACGAGAGAGGAAAAUAUGGAUGAUUGUCUAUUCGCAUUUGGCCCUGUGGUAGAACCGUAUCUAACAGACAACUGUAUUAUACCAAAACAGCCGCACACUUUGUUCGCAAAUGCCUGGGGCAACGACAUACCACUCAUAAUUAGUGGCACAUCCUUUGAGGGCCUUCUGAUGUUUGCGCGCAUACACAUGGCACCCUAUUUGUUGCACGAACUGAAUGAGAAUCAUCAGCACAUGUUGCCACUGGAAUUGAAGCAGAAGCAUGAUCUAGACAAGCAAAAGGAAUUGGCUUCAAAGUUGCGUGAAACACAUUUUGCCGAAAAGGAGCUGCGCAUGGAGCAUGUGCUCAACUAUUGCGAGUACGCUUCCUAUAAAGUAUUCUGGCAUCCCAUAUUACGCACCGUAAAGGCACGUCUACGACACGCACGCGCACCCACCUACCUCUACCGUUUCGACUUUGAUUCGCCCGAAUUUAAUCAUCAGCGCAUCGGUUACUGCGGCAAGGAAGUACGCGGAGUUUCUCAUGUUGAUGAUCACUCAUAUCUUUUCUAUGGCAACUUUGCCUGGAAGUUGGAUAAGGAUACACCGGAAUUUCGUACAAUCCAGCGUAAAAUUGAUAUUUGGACAUCAUUUGCUGCAAACUCAGAUCCAAGCUGUGAAAAGCUCGGUGAGAGCAAAUGGAUGCCAUUGCAGUCAGAUGGAAAACUGCAUUGUUUGAAUGUGGGGGAACAUUUAGAAGUUAUCGAGUUGCCGGAGAUGCAUAAGCUGCAAGUAUGGGAUAGUCUGUAUGAGGUUGAAGAAGAAUGACAAGUGCUCGCUGGGCACGCGGAUAGUAAAAAAUUGUGUUUAAGUAGCAGUAUUUUUAUGAAGAAUUUAAUGUUUAUGCGUCAGCUAAAGUUUAAGAGCCUGAUUAUGGCAACUUAGCUUAAAUUAGCGGGACUUAGGACUUAGAAAAUCAAAAUGAAACAGAUUUCGACAUGGCAUUAAGUUUCGGCAACAUCCAUCUAAGAUAAUUUUUAAGUGAGAGCCUAUAAGUUACGUUAAGUUGCCAUAAUCAGACCAUAAGAGCGAUUUUAUUUUUUGUGUAAUGUACUACGUAAAGCAAUACAGUAAAUUUGGUUACUCAACGCGAUAGAUUAAGAAAAUCACAUGCUUGUAUUUUUGUCGAAGGGCAACUAUUUACAUUAUACUAUAAACAUAGAUAUAUAAAUACCGUAUAAUUCAACUU